UUAUGAUAAUCUGUGUAUAUAUGUAUCUACACAUAUACACAUGUAUAUAUGUAUUUAUACAUAUAUGCACACAUUGUAAGUAUAUAUAUUGUAGUAUAAAUAUAUAUUUAUGUGAGUUUUGCCAUGAUCGGAUGUUCACUGCAGAAACUUCGGCUUAAGGCUGAACUACUUUUUAGAGGUUACUUGUCCUUUCCCCUCUGCUAGAGAUUGAAGUCUCAACAGUCUCGCUGAAGUCUGUUUAAAUUAACCUAACUUUGUACUUAGAGAUGUGAGGAGUAUGUGCACCCUAGUUUUGCUGCACUCAUCUCCUGCCUGUUUUGUUUUUUUGUUAUCUGUUACUUGUGCUCCUUAUUGCCCUGUGUGGUGGAGAAUGGAUCCCCCAUUUGCAAAAGGGUUUUUACGCAGAGAAGCGUAUGGUCAAGUCCAUUUCAAAUCAAGUUAUUAAAGCGGACUGUAGUUAGCUUAAUGCAGUCCAUCAUUGCUCCUUUUCAGUAUUUCUGUAAUCAGUUUGGAGAUGCUUAGGUCUCCCCCACUGCUUUGUCUUAAGUCUUUCCGUACAAAGGGAAGAAAGCCUCUUGUCUGAGGAGGUGCUUUUCAGGUACUCGGAGGCACCUAGCUUAGGGAUUAAUGCAUUUUUCUUAAAUGCAUCUAGCCCCAGAUGGUAAACUUUGCAGAGGAUCAGAGCAUCUUUGCAGUCAGCUCUUUGAAUGUCAUCAAAGACCAUUUGAAAUAUCACACUAUCAUUUCUUCUGGAAUUAGCAACUUUAUUCCUUCUUCCCCUUUCUAUCAUAACUGAAUUUUUCAAAUAUCAGGAUCAAAAACUAAUCUGAAUUAGAGCAAAUUUGGGGCUAUAUAUCUGCUGUGGUUUUUUUUUUCACUUGUUUUUUAAUCAAUACUUAGCCCUCCUGAUUUUCAUUUAGCAAUUUGGCUGUAAAACAUGCAUUUGAUACUAGAAAGCAGACAGACCCCCCCCCCUUUUUUUAAACAGGUGAGAUUAGCAUCUAGUUGUUUUUUUUUUUUAACAGAGGUGAGAUUAGCAUCUAGGGUUUUUUCUUUUUUAGAAAAGUAGGCGGAGUCAAGCUGUAUUUUUGUUAUACUAUGCUUUACAUCAGAGCUAAGAGCUCAGCUAGAGGUGAUUAUACUGGCCCAACUGACGAAGAAAGGAUUGCAUUUCCAUUUGAAUGCGAGCAGACGACCAGAUAUGAUUCUCUCUACCUAUCAUACCAUCCAGUCUGUUUUCUGCUGCUGCUGCUGCUGCUGCACAGUGCAAAAAAGAGCAAUGAGAAUGAACCUGGACCCAGAUACUGGCCUGGUGACCCAGUACUCAGCCUCACAGAAAGAAGUCUCCUACACAUCUACUCGGAAGUUCAGGCGUAAGAGGCAGUUGCUUCAACAGUUUAAGAAGAAGCCAUUACCUCCUCUCCCCCCCGAGGCCUUGGAAGACUACACACCAAAGACCAAAGUUAUUGCGCUCUAUGACUUUUUUGCUAGAGGACCCUCCGAUUUAACACUCAAGAAGUCAGAAGAAUACAUUAUCCUUGAAAAGUAUGACCCCCACUGGUGGAAGGCAAGAGACCAGUAUGGGAAUGAAGGUCUAAUUCCCAGCAACUAUGUAACUGAAAACAAGCAAAACAAUUUAGAAACCUAUGAGUGGUACUGCAAAAACAUAAACAGGAGCCAGGCAGAACUGCUAUUACAGCAGAAGUCCAAAGAAGGCGCGUUUGUGGUCAGAGAUUCAAGCCAACAGGGACUUCUCACGCUGUCCGUGUAUUCGCGGUCUAAAGGAAGUCAUAGCGAAGACAUUCGACAUUACCAAAUUAAGAAAAACCACCUGGAACAAUAUUAUGUAGCAGAAAAAUAUCUCUUUUCAUCUGUUCCUGAACUCAUCCAAUAUCAUCAACAGAAUGCUGCAGGACUCAUCACUCGUCUCCGGCAUCCAGUUGGAUCAAUGGGAUGUUCUUCACCAGCAACAGCAGGCUUUAGUUAUGAGGAGUGGGAAUUAAACCCAACUGAGCUGACGUUCAUGAAGGAGCUUGGGCGCGGACAGUUUGGAGUCGUUCAGCUGGGCAAAUGGAAAGCAACCAUCAAGGUUGCCAUCAAAACAAUCCAUGAAGGUGCAAUGUCUGAAGAUGAUUUCAUUGAGGAGGCCAAAGUGAUGAUGCACCUAUCCCACCCGAAGCUGGUCCAGCUUUACGGAGUGUGCACGCACCACAGGCCUCUCUACGUCGUGACUGAAUUCAUGGAGAACGGCUGCCUCCUCAACUACCUGCGGCAAAGACGAGGGAAACUCAGCAGAGAUGUCCUGCUAGGCAUGUGCCAGGAUGUGUGCGAAGGGAUGCAAUAUCUAGAAAGAAACAGAUUUAUUCACCGUGAUUUAGCUGCAAGAAACUGUUUAGUCAACGCUAAACACGUCGUUAAAGUAUCUGACUUCGGGAUGGCGAGGUAUGUCAUUGAUGAUGAAUACAUCAGCUCUUCAGGUGCCAAGUUUCCAAUCAAAUGGUCAUCUCCUGAAGUUUUUCAUUUCAAAAAAUAUAGCAGCAAAUCAGAUGUCUGGUCAUUUGGUGUACUGAUGUGGGAAGUUUUCACAGAAGGCAAAAUGCCUUUUGAAAGUAAGUCAAAUUCUGAAGUUGUCCGUGAGAUUUCUGAGGGUAACCGACUUUAUCGACCAUAUCUGGCAUCACAUACUGUGUACAAAGUCAUGUACAGCUGCUGGCACGAGAAACCUGAAGGACGUCCUACUUUUGCAGAGUUAGUAGAUACCCUAACAGAUAUAACAGAGAUGGGAUAACCAGAGGUUUUACACAAUUUUUUUUUACUGAAAGGUUAGCAUUAAGUCUCUCAAAAAUGUAGUUGAUACAAAAAGCUCAGUCUUCUGCAGCCUUCUCUACUUAAAUCACAGUAACUGCAUCCUACGUAUUGAAGCAGCUGUUCAGGCUUAGCCUAAUUUUAUUUUAGUCAUUUGAAUACAUACCUCAGAAGACUGUUUUUGGACUAUAAAGCCAUUUCUUUUCAAGUUCAGGGAGAAAAGUCUCCUGUCUGAAAAGAAGUAACCAAGUUUACUCACCACGUAGGCCUCUUCUUUUACUCCCCCCGCUCCCAAGCUACACUAAUUCCUGUAAGAAUAUUAAUAAGAAAUGAUUUAUUACUUAAUAUGGCUCACGGACUGGGAAAUACAGAUGAGUGACAGCGAGAAUGGUGCAAGCACCUCUGAUAAAGCUCUAAAUAGGUCAAGUUUAAAGCCGAGACCUUUUGCACUGCGAGGCGGGCAGCACCGAAGGAAAGCACCAGUAUUUCAGCAGCAGCAGCAGCGGUGAGCUGACUGAUCGACCACUGCAGCAACAGCCCACAUUUGCCCUUGACAAACGCCCCCACUUGCCUUGGUGCUCCCCCGCGAGCGCCCAGGAUGGCUGCUGGAUGAGCCAAAGCUGGGACCUGACAGCAAAAUGAAGUGAGUUAGUCUAGCUCACACAGGUUCUGUAACACCCAGCGUGGAUGAUGUCUGUAACCUAGACUUACGUUGUUAUUCACAUUUCAUUUUUAAUCUUAGUUUUGAUCAAUACAAAUAUAUUACAGAAAAAAAAGGUACACAAAGUUAGUUAUUAUUUAAUAGAAGAGUUAGGCCACUACCAAUAAAUAG